CGCUGUUUAGAUCUGAGGUGAUUUAGGGGGCGAUUUCCGGUGAGAUUUCCGGCGAACCCUCUUCAACUCCGUUUUCACCGCUUAAACUCGACGCCGUCGCUCCGUAUCGUGUCUCUGGAGACUAUUGAGUUAAGGUUUCGUUGUUUCGUUAGGAGAAUGGAGGACAUUGACAACAUAGAGGAAGAUGAGUAUGGGUUCUCAAAAAAUUAUUUUCUGGCUAAAGAGUUGGGUGGGUCAAGCAAGAAGUCAGCGCAUAAGCUCUCUGAUAUUAAUAUUAUUGAUGAACAGGAGCUUCGAGAAACUGCGUUUAAUAUUGAAACGAAGCAUGAGAAAGAGAUUUUUGAGCUUUUGGAUGAUUACAAGACUAUGUUACAAGAGAUUUUUGAGCUUUUGGUCACUCCUGUUAUUUUACCUUCUCAUCUGGAAGUUAGACUUCAAUGUUCCAUCAGAGUAACCAUGCCUUUGUGUGUUGUCAUUUCAUUUUUGCUGAUUCCAGGUGUGGCUUUGGGCUUCUAAUGUACGGCUUUGGAUCUAAAAAAAGGUACUCUUUACUGGGUACUAUUUAUUUAGAAUACUACAAAGAUCCCUGUACUGGGUCAUGCUGGUACGGUUUCAUCUUUGUUUUUUUCCAUAUAAUUGUAUAGAAGGAUUGUGCUAGAUGAAUGAUGAUGACUUUUAUUGUGUACUUGUAGAUGGAAUCUGUCAUGUAUACAUUGACAACGCUUGUAAUCUGGAUACUGCCAUGGAAACCUUUCUAGUGCAUAAGGAUCUAGAGCAGAAUGCUGUGUUCAAUGAGCUUAUCUUCGCUCUCCAGAGCAAUGGAGUCACUUUGUAUGGUGGACAAGGGCAAGUGCAAUACUGAACAUACCAGAAGCACGGACGUUCAAGCAUGAGUACUGUUCAAAGUCUUGCACCGUUGAAGUUGUAGAUGAUGUCUAUGGUGCUAUAGAUCACAUUCACAGACAUGGAAGUGCACACACAGACUGCAUUGUGACAGAAGAUCCAGAAGUUGCAGAACUUUUCCUUCGCCAAGUAGAUAGUGCUGUUGUGUUUCACAACGCAAGCACAAGAUUCUCUGAUGGUUUUCGAUUUGGACUUGGUGCUGAGGUGGGAAUAAGCACAUGCAGGAUCCAUGCCCGUGGUCC